AUGGCGGAGUACAAGCUGGCGGUGGAUUCUAACAACAAGGCCACAGAGCUGCCGCUACUAAGGGUUUGCGGCACUGUUCAGCAGAACCCUCAUAUGCGAGCUUUCUGGGCCUCGACCAUAUCUUUCUUUCUUGCUUUCUUGGGCUGGUUUGCCCUGGCGCCGCUAGCCUUGGAAGUUGCGACCAGCAUCGAGAUGUGCGAGAACCAGAUCUACCCUCCCACGGAGUUCCCAACCCGACCCGCCUACUUGAAGUUCAAGAACUUGAAGAGUGGGCUGACCUAUU